CGGCGGCGCAUUCGAACAGAGACUUAGAGGUUGUUACUGACGGAUGGUCUGUUGGUUGAUCACCUGAGGACUGGGUGAGUCAUGACGCUGGACGGGGUCGCCUCUACACACGUAUCUCUCCCCUGUCUCUGAGAGAUCCCAUGGCAAUACACUCUGCCUGUAUUAUAGAGAAAAUAAGCUUAGAAGUUGAGUAUACCCUUCAGGAAGAGCUUGUGUGAGAUCAUUUUGGUCCUUCCGUUGCAGCUUGCUUUAAGCCUCAAUGCCUAUCUACACUAUUCCUAAGAGAAACCAUAUUAGUGCACUUGAUGGUUCUUCACAAAAGUAUCCCCCGGAAAAUGUCCUGGGUAGAAACAGGUUUGGACAGCAGUGUACCUCACAUGUAUCUGAGACUGAGAGAGGCAAUCUGCUGUCACAGUCCCUGAGUAAGACUAAAGAAAUGAAUACAACCUAUGUGCUUUCUGCCUGUAACAAACUGGUUGGUGCCUCAGCUGUGCCUGCAAUUGAAGGCAAGCCAACUCUCCAAAGAAGAACUGUGACAAGCAAAGAACAAUCGGAUACAAAUACAACACACAACAGUGAAAAUACACAAACAGAAAAGAGGUUGACACUACAGCGCCGCAUGAGGACUGGAUCAACUGAGAAGCACAAAACAAAUAUCCAUGAAGCUAGAGUAGAAAAUGCAAAGCCUCUUCCACAGAAAAGUGGAAAAACUUUGUUUCAACCAGAAGCCAAGAGCAUUGACGCCCCAUUUGUUAAGACUAGUCUUCUGUCACUUAAAGGACUUGCAGAUGUAAAAAAAACCCCUGAUGUGAAAAGGGACCAACUUUUUAAUCAUAAUGGUUCAGAUAGUACUGGUAGCUCCACACCUUUGAAAUAUAGGACAGUUGUUGAUAAUUCUCAGAGUAAAAACAAGGUUCCUAGAUCAUCGCUCUUAAAAAUAGCAAAACUUGACGACAGGAUAUCUGCAUUAAAACUAGCUGAAAAACAUAAUUUCAUUAAGGAAAAUGGAGAUGAAAGUCUGCAAAAUAGAUGCAUUAAAAAUGAAAAUUUGGAAAGACUGAGGACACCAAGAAAAGAUUCAACAGAAAGAAUUAAAUUUGCCAAUAGCCCUGCUGUCUCCAUCAUAAAGAAUAAGACACUGUGUCCUCAAACAAUAUCAACCAAGAAAGCCAGUACUUUUAACGAGUUCCCUCUAAAUGGGAUGCAAGAAAAUACCAUGUAUGUUCAACAAAUAGCUUCACUGAAAGAAGAUACUCUAAUUCAGAACAUGUGUGGUAAAGAAGACCCUUUCAAAAUAGAAAACAGCAAAGUGACUGUGGCUGUGAGAGUACGACCCUUUAGUACCAGAGAUAAGAAUGAAGAAACAUUCCAAGUGGUUUCCAUGACUGGACAAGAUACUGUUGUGCACCAUCCAAAUACAAAACAAAUAUACAGUUUCACUUUUGACUUUUCAUUCUGGUCUUUUGAUAAAUGUCAUAAUUUUGCAAGCCAAGAGAUGAUAUAUCAAUCCUUGGCAGUACCUCUCUUAGAAAGAGCCUUUGAAGGAUACAAUACCUGCCUUUUUGCAUAUGGACAGACUGGUUCUGGAAAGUCAUAUACUAUGAUGGGAUUUGAUGAUGAUGAACGAGGAAUAAUACCAAGAUUCUGUGAAGAUCUCUUUACUCAAACUGCAGAAAAAGAAACACAACAGACUGCUUAUCAUGUUGAGAUGAGCUAUUUCGAAGUCUACAAUGAAAAGAUUCAUGAUUUGCUAGUCUUCAAAGCUGAAAAUGGACCAAAGAAACAACCUCUUCGUGUAAGAGAACAUCCUGUGUUUGGACCCUACGUGGAAGACCUCACAGUGAAUGUUGUUCACUCUUACUUGGAUGUUCAGAAUUGGCUCCAGUUAGGAAAUAAGCACAGAGCUACUGCUGCUACAGGAAUGAAUGACAAGAGUUCUCGAUCUCAUUCUGUUUUUACCCUGGUGAUGACACAAGCAAAGACAGAUAUCGUGGAAAAGGAAGAACGUGAACAUAGAAUUAUUAGUCGUGUUAAUCUAAUAGACCUAGCAGGUAGUGAACGGUGUUCUAUAGCUCAAACCAGUGGAGAAAGGCUGAAGGAAGGUGUAAGUAUAAAUAAAUCCCUAUUGACUCUGGGGAAAGUUAUUUCUGCACUGUCUGAGCAAAAUCAGAGCAGGAAGAAGGUGUUCAUUCCAUAUCGUGAAUCUGUCCUUACAUGGCUGUUAAAGGAAAGUCUUGGUGGAAAUUCAAAAACUGCUAUGAUUGCCACCAUUAGCCCUGCUGCCAGCAAUAUAGAGGAAACGCUUAGUACUCUUCGAUAUGCUAAGCAAGCUUGUUUCAUAAUCAACAUUGCCAAAGUCAAUGAAGACAUAAAUGCUAAGUUAAUCAGAGAAUUGAAAGCUGAAAUUGAAAAAUUGAAAUAUGCUCAGAAGAAUUUUCAAAAUGUUGAUCCUGAAAAACAAAGACUUUAUAUGCAAGAAAUAACAUCUUUAAGAGUGAAGCUGCACCAGCAAGAGAGGGAAAUGGCAGAGAUGCAAAGGGCCUGGAAAGAAAAACUUGAACAAGCAGAAAAAAAGAAAUUUGAGGAAACAAUGGAGUUACAGAAAGCUGGCAUUACAUUCAAGGUGGACAACAGUCUACCUAACUUAGUCAAUCUCAAUGAAGAUCCUCAACUCUCGGAGAUGUUGCUAUACAUGAUAAAGGAAGGACAAACUACAGUUGGGAAAUGCAAGCCAAAUACACGUCAUGAUAUUCAGCUGUCUGGUGUCUUGAUUGCUGAUGACCAUUGUGUUAUCAAACAUGUGGAUGGGGUCGUGAGUAUUACUCCACUAGGAGAAGCAAAGACAUAUGUUAAUGGGAAAUGCGUUUCUGGCCCUACAUUUCUGCAUCAUGGUGAUCGCAUCAUUCUUGGAGGAGACCACUAUUUUCGCUUUAAUCAUCCAGUAGAAGUUCAGAAAGUAAAAAGUCUUUCUUGUGGUGCUUCCCUUCCUGAGAAUGGUCCAAAUGGUUUUGAAUUUGCAAAAAAUGAACUGCUGGCUGCACAGAGGGCUCAACUUGAAUCGGAAAUAGAAGAAGCACGGCUGAAAGCUAAAGAAGAAGUGAUGCAAAGUAUACAAAUUGCAAAAGAAAUGGCUCAAGAAGAACUUAGUUCUCAGCAAAAAAUUUAUGAGAGCCAGAUAAAAUCAUUAGAAGCACAGCUGGAAGAAGAAUCCCAUAGGAAACAAUUGCAGGAAAUGAAUAAUCAAAUGGCUGUAAACAAAAUUCAAGAGCUACAGAAAGCAAAGCGAGGCCUUGAGCUAGAGGUACACUUCAACAAGAAGCGCUUAGAAAUGGAGACAUUGGCUGCCAGAGAGGUUUUAGAAGAUCAUGUUAUUCGCCGUGCCAAGAUUCUUGAAGCUUUGGAAGUUGAGAAGCAGAAAAUUGCUCAGGAAAUGGAAACUCUUCAGCAGAGUCGUGGAAACAGAAAUAAAGCAGAGACAAACUGGAAUUCUUUGAAACUGUCCAUUAUGAUCAAGGAGGCAAACACCAUAAGCAGUAAAUUAGAGCAACACACUGUUUUUUGUAGGCAUGAUGUAAUGGAUAAAAAAAAUGGUGCUCGCCAUUCCUUUCAAGUGCAGGUCCGCAACAUCAGGCUUGGCGUUGCAACAUUCUGGAGUUUGGAGAAAUUUGAAGACAAGUUGGCUGCAAUGAAAGAAGUCUAUGAGAUGAACAGCACUAACAAAACUGAUGAGAUUUUCUAUGAUCCCACUGAUGAAUGGGAACCUGAUUUCUCAAAUGCAUCUGUUUCUUCCUUUUCUACAAGGAGAAGUUUGAGGAGAAGCAAAAGAAUUUCUGGAUGUUUGUCUGAGGUAAAGAUGAAACUGCACAAUUCAUACCUACCAGACUCAACAAAUAAAUUGGGUGGUCUGAGCUCAGACCCACCUGAAUCAUUUCUCCCUGAUAUAUGUAAGAAACUGAUAGAUUCAGCUUUGGCCGUCUUGGAAGAGACUCGUGAAGAAGAGGAGAGCAUUGCACAAAGCCUUCUAGCAACAUUGUUCACCAUUUAUACUGGAGUCAUUGCUUUGACAAAGGCUUAUGAGCAAGCUGAACAAAGUCAAGAAAACUUUUUCUCUGUUGAUCACACUGCUCAGUCCUGCAGCAUCAAGAUUAGUUCAGCUUUUGAACAGCUUGUAGUUCUAACCAGGCAUUGGCUGAACUAUUUUCAAAAAAAUGAUGAAUUUAUAAAAAUACAUGAUGAACUAAAGGAAAGUGUAAAGCAUUUGGGAACAUAUCUGCAACUGCUGUUACAGGGUGGUUGUUCAGACUUGUCUUCAAUAGUAGCAGAAGCACAAAAGAAAAUAUUGCAGAUGUUGAAACAGAUGGCAAAAUACGUAGGACACUUGUUGGCAGUUACUGGUUCAGGCCUUCAUCUUGCAGCACAAAAUCAAACUGAUGAAAGCAAUCCAAAGGAAAAAAAGCAGUUCAUAUCAGACAUCUGUGAUGGAAUGGUUUCCGGAUUGGAGCACCUUUUAGAAUGUAUACAGAAAAAAUCUAGGGCAAUGCAGAAUGAACUCUUAAAAUGGUAUCCACAAAAUGAGGUUCAGAAUCAAAUAAAGAAUAAAGCUAUGGAUUUGGCUAAAUUCCUUGAAAAUAUAGUAUCUGAUUGUAAAAUGAAAGAAGUAGCAAAUAUAUUGGGGAGAGAAGAAUGUGUUGAUCAGGAGCUAAAGAAAGCUACCAGUAAAGCUGCUGCAUUCUUGGAAUUACACCAUUGUCUAGAUCAAGUCUACCAGAUUGUUACUUCUUCACUACAGGGAUCAUACAGAAAUAGAAGUCCACUCAGGUAUUUUAUAGAAAAGAUUUGCGCCUUAGCUGGGAAUUUUAACACUCUCUGCAAUCCAUCCAUGUUAUCCAUUGGUACAGCAGAUAAUCCUAUCCACAAAAUCCCAGAGCCUCUUGUGAACCAUAGUGAAUUGGAAUCUGUAGCAAAGUCACUCAUUAUAAGUUUUGAACUUGAACAGGGACAGAAUUCAUCGAAACCUCAGGAUAAUUGUAUGCAAAACACUCAAUUUGAAGGAAAACAAGGUUUUGAAAAAGGUGAAGCUAUAACUCUUUGGGAGCAGAAAGGAAUACCACAAUGGGACUAUAAACUUUGGUCUCUACCUGGAAGCUUAGGGGAAUCUUCACCUAGUGGAAUUCAUUGGGUAUAAAUCAUUGCUUGUGGAAUACAGAAUGCAGGAAAUAAACAGUGUAAAGUUUAUAUUGGCUGCUGGGUUUGUGUCAGAAAAAUGGAGACUUGGAAUGAGAAAUCUUUGGGCCAGUUCACAUGCUCACCCAGCCAAGACUGCCCUUAUGUGGUGAAUUGCCUUUAACUAGGCCAAAUAUAUUAAAAGUGAAAUUCUUUUCUUGGAAAAUAGGGACAUCAUUGGUUAAGGAGUGAUGUACCAUUUUGUACUAAUCAAAAAGGAAAAUGCACUCUUGUUUUGCAGCCAUUCUUUGAGCACAGUUAUAGAAUAAGAGUUUCAUUGGCGAUACCUUACUGCUAGUGGAAAUGCAUGAUGGUUGGCCACCAAAGAGGCUCAUAUCUGCACCCAUGUAAAUUACUUGCGUGCAGCACAGGUGUGUCUAUGUAUAUGUGCCAAUUUUCCUUCCAGCCGUAGCCCUUUAUUUCUAAUGAAAAGCCACUUCAGAGGACCCCCAACCUGUAAUUGUCCAGGGGACACAGAAGAGUGCGUUUAGGAAAGCAGGUGGGAAGACUACCCUUUCCUUUAGGUGCCAUUUGAUUGUGUGGUAUAAACUGAGUACGAGAUAUGGUGAUUAGGAACCAGGAUUUAAAAACAAACAAACCAAAGCAGGGUAUUUUCUGAAUAUGGUUAGUUCCCUUUGUCUGAAUUUGAGAAAAAUAAGAUUUUCAUUAUUUUGUAAUUUAUAUGCAGUACUUUUUUUAAAAAAUAAAAAGGAAUAAAAUGUUUAAUUAUUUCUAGCAGAGUUUUUCAGUAUAACUAUGGUUUGCCAACAGAGGUUUUAGGACUGUUGAAAGUACUUUUUAUUUAACUGUAUAAUGCACAAUACAACAGAACUGAUUCAUCAUUUAUUAAAAGGAUUUAAAAUUAUCUUUGGCUUGACACAAACUAUUUCAUUUGCUGAGAAAUUUUAAAAAUCCAUUAAAACAAAUAUACAGUGUUGGCUUUCACAUUUUUAUAGUAUUGGAUUUGAUCGACACUUGUAAAUGUAACUGUUCCUAAUCAUGUACUGUCUAUACAUAUAUAUUUAUAUGCACAUACUUGUAUAUAAAAUGCUUAUGAAGAUUAGAGAUGGAACUGUACAGAUAUGCAAAUAGAGCUUAAGGAAAAUGCAAACAUUAGUGGGUAUUUUUGUUUUGAAAAUCUGCCUUGACUCUUACGUAUUGAGUGAAAAUUUAAAAUGCUGUACAAAAGUAAUAAACUAUUCUA